UCGGACCCUGUGCGGGCACCCGCGGGACGCGCUCCCGGCUGCCUCCUACGCCUUCCCGGCUCAGGCCUUGCGAUCUAACACCGCCCGCGGCAUCCAGGCUGCGGCAUGGGGAAUCUACCAUCUGCUGCGAAGCACUGCCUCAGCUACCAGCAGCUUCUCCGCGAGCAUCUGUGGAGCGGAGAGUCAGUGGCAGGGGCGCUGGACCCGGCGCAGGAAAUCUCCCAGUUAUCUGGACUCCCUGAAUAUGUGAAAAUAGUAGAAGUUGGACCUAGAGAUGGACUGCAGAAUGAGAAGGUUAUAGUUCCUACAGAUAUAAAAACUGAAUUCAUCAAUCAACUUUCCCAAACUGGCUUGUCUGUAAUAGAAGUAACCAGUUUUGUGUCCUCCAGAUGGGUACCACAGAUGGCUGAUCACACUGAAGUGAUGAGAGGCAUUCAUCAGUAUCCAGGAGUUCGCUAUCCUGUCCUUAUACCUAAUCUUCAGGGUUUUCACCAUGCUGUUGCUGCUGGAGCCACUGAGAUAGCAGUUUUUGGUGCUGCUUCUGAAUCUUUCAGCAAGAAGAAUAUUAACUGCUCCAUUGAAGAAAGUAUGAGAAGGUUUGAGGAGGUUAUCAGCUCUGCAAGGCACAUGGACAUCCCAGUACGAGGGUAUGUGUCCUGUGCUCUGGGCUGUCCAUAUGAAGGAAGCAUCAUGCCACAGAAAGUUGCAGAAGUCUCAAAGAGAUUGUAUGGAAUGGGCUGCUAUGAGAUCUCCUUGGGAGACACAACUGGAGUGGGCACUCCAGGCAGCAUGAAGAUGAUGUUGGAAAGUGUCAUGAAAGAAAUCCCUCCAGGAGCUCUUGCUGUUCAUUGCCAUGACACGUAUGGACAAGCCCUUGCAAAUAUCCUAACAGCUCUUCAGCUGUCCUCUCUGACUGGGACCCAGCGGGUUGUGAAUGCUGGACGUGAACCUGGGGAUUCUAAUGUUACACUGCCACCAUGUGGCUGUUCAUCUCAAGAUGGACAUUGCUUCUGAGAUAAAGAAAUAAAAAGGCAAGUACUUUGUUUCUAUUGUAGUGUAACAAAAGCUUGUGGUGUGUACUUCACACACAACCCCCAAACACACACACACACACACACACACACACACACACACACACACACACACACGAAUGUCCUUGUGCAUACCCACCCAUUAAGCACUUCUCCUAAGCCAAGCUUGUGUUUAAUGAGAGACAGGACAUCCUCUAAUGCUGAUAAUCUCUCUGAAGUAAAUAUAAAUGGUCUGUGCAUUAUUUUCAAAUAUACAUAAUGAUAAGAUUUUAGUUAUGAACUCUAAACAUAUUCCCUCUUUAUAAUAAACAAUUAAAAUAAAUAAUGCUUCUUAGUCUGUUUUCUGUUUGUCUACAUGUUUGGUAUCACCACUUCCAAAUUUUGACUAGGAAUAUCUGUAAUAACUUUUUUAGAAGUAAAAGAAUGUAAUUUAUUUCUUGUUUCCAUUUUUAACAGGUGCAUAAAAUUGAUGCUUAUGGGGUACCAUGUAAUGUUUUAAUAUAUGUAUACAAAUUGUUUAACUAAUUUGGGCGGGAGAGCUAGCCACUAGUACUUUUCAUUUAUUUAUUAAGAAUUUUUUAUUCAUUUUA